AUCAUGACCAAGUCACACUGAGCCUCUCCUCUGCAGCCCGAAAGUGUUCAGAGUCGUGAGUGCGUAAAUUGGACUGCUGUAUCUGACAUCCCUCCUGUCCUAACCUGUCACUGCCUUUUUCUCCUAUGACAGUGCCCUGUGCCCAGAGGCAGCAGAUGUCCAACGGCAGCUCCAUCACCCACUUCCUCCUCCUGCCAUUCGCAGACACGCGGGAGCUGCAGCUCUGGCACUUCUGGCUCUUCCUGGGCAUCUUCCUGGCUGCGCUCCUGGGCAACGGCCUCAUCAUCACCAGCACAGCCUGUGACCAGCACGUCCACACCCCCAUGUACUUCUUCCUGCUCAACCUCUCCCUCCUGGACCUGGGCUGCAUCUCCACCACUGUCCCCAAAUCCAUGGCCAAUUCCCUCUGGAACACCAGGGACAUCUCCUACUUAGGUUGUGCUGCACAGGUAUUUCUGUUUGUCUUUUUUAUUUCAGCAGAGAUUUCUCUUCUCACCAUCAUGGCCUAUGACCGCUACGUGGCCAUCUGCAAGCCCCUGCACUACGGGACCCUCCUGGGCAGCAGAGCUUGUGCCCACAUGGCAGCAGCUGCCUGGGGCAGUGGGUUUCUCAAUGCUCUGCUGCACACAGCCAAUACAUUUUCACUGCCCCUCUGCCGAGGCAAUGCUGUGGAGCAGUUCUUCUGUGAAAUCCCCCAGAUCCUCAAGCUCUCCUGCUCACAUUCCUAUCUCAGAAAAGUUGGGCUUCUUGUGGUUACUAACUUUUUAGUAUGUGGCUGUUUUGUUUUCAUUGUGGGGUCCUAUGUGCAGAUCUUCAGGGCCGUGCUGAGGAUCCCCUCUGUGCGGGGACGCCACAAAGCCUUUUCCACGUGUCUCCCUCACCUGGCUGUGGUUUCCCUGCUUGUCAGCACUGGCAUCUUUGCGUAUCUGAAGCCCCCCUCCAUCUCCUCCCUAUCCCUGGACCUGGUGGUGUCAGUGCUGUACUCGGUGGUGCCUCCAGCAGUGAACCCCCUGAUCUACAGCCUGAGGAACCAGGAGCUCAGGGGUGCUGUGAGGAAGCUGGUGACUGGUUGUGUUUCAGCAGCUAUACACUGCCUGCUUUCGUCUUCAAAGGGCUCCCAGUUUGUUGCACAAUGCUGGGGCAACGGCUAUCUGAUCGACAUCCAGACACAAUAUGGUAUAAAGGACCGCACGACCACCUGCUCGUUGGAAGACUUCUCCAGGGUCAAAGGGAGAACAGCGAUGGGGGACAUUAUGGUGGGGAUCUCUUACAGACCGCCUGAUUAA